CUUCCUUAAAAGUUCCAACCACCAUCCUACAAAGCCAGGAGGUCCAAAAGAUUUAUAAACACACAGCAUCUCCAACUCUCCCAACCCAACCUCGACCUAAAGAACAAAUAGUCAGUCCCUUUCUUCCAGAGCCUACAAUACAUACCAAUGGCUUUGGUGGGGAGAGUCUUUGUUCUGUUCAUGGUGAUGGCCUUUGUCCAUGUGUCCAAUGCAGCUGUGUACAAGGUUGGGGACUCUGCAGGUUGGACCACCAUUGGUAACGUAAACUACAAGCAGUGGGCUGCUAUUAAGACCUUUGAAGUGGGUGACAUUAUCCGUUUUGAGUACAAUGCACAAUUUCACAAUGUGAUGCGAGUAACACAUGCAAUGUACAAGACAUGUAAUACAUCAGCACCUAUGGCCACUUAUACCACUGGAAAUGACUCCAUUACUAUCACCACUCGUGGUCACCACUUCUUUUUCUGUGGUGUACCUGGCCACUGUCAAUCUGGACAGAAGGUUGACAUUAAUGUGCUUCGCAAUAUUUCAAGUACUGCUUUAACUCCAUCUGCAUUGGUCACUCCUAAGUCUCCUUCAGCUCCUUCUGUACUUGCUCCUUCUCCUAGUAAGGCUGCUCCUCCAUUGAAUACUCUCAAGGGUGGUUUUGGUAUGCUUGGGUUUGCUAUGGCAUUUCUUGCACUUUUUGCUUCUGGCUCUGCUUAAUCAGGAGUGUCUUACUUUGGGUUUUGCGGCCAUUUUGAGAAUUUUGUUGUUUUAUUUUUUUUUUGGAGGGAAUUAUAUAGAAUGUAAAAGUAUUGUGACUUUUAUUGAAUAGAUCAUAUACAAACAUAUAUUGAAGAUUCAUAGAAUGUUUCGUUAA